AGAGUUCCGGCAAGUUGAUAAAGUUGUGCAUUUUGCUCUAGAACUUUGACACCUCCCGCGAGCCCUGCUGUCGAAUUUUGAUAUUUGACGGUUACAAAAGGUUUUUCCGAGAACUUGGUGAAUCAGGAAUCCGUCUUCACCAUUCUGCUGUCAAAAUGUCACACACAAUCCUGCUCGUGCAGCCGACUCACAAACCAGAGACCCGAACAUAUUCGGACUAUGAAAGUGUCAACGAGUGCAUGGAGGGUGUUUGCAAAAUCUACGAGGAGCAUUUGAAGAAGAUGAAUCCAAACACGCCCAGCAUCACCUAUGACAUCUCACAGUUGUUUGGCUUCAUCGACGAGUUAGCUGACCUUUCCUGUCUUGUAUACCAGAAGCAGUCUUUUACAUACGCCCCAUACAACAAAGAUUGGAUCAAAGAAAAAAUCUACAUCUUGUUGAGGAACCAGGCCUCCAGGGCUUAAAACUCUAUGACUCAGUGGUUCACCCUCCAAACGAGUGUUUCUGCAAAAAAAUGA